GUGGGACUCCGGGCUGGUUGGACUACUGAAGCGACUCCCUGAGAAGGAAAGCAGUGAAGAUAGAUCCUUCCUUUCAGUGAGUCACUCUGUGUUUACGUUUUGGGAUCCACCUCGGUCAAUGCACUUGGUGUCACCUUGAAGGCUAAUGUCAAUAAAGUCAUGUGACUGUCCACUGAAGGACAGUCGCUCCGCCUCUUAGCUGCUUUCCAAGUCAUUGAGGACCAAAAUGUGGCACAGCUGCUGGACUCUUAUGGGAGGAGCAUGGCUCGGAUCAACUGGGCGAAAGACCUCAGCAGGCGGCUCCGACUGAAUGUUCCUCUACUCCAGUUGCAGAUAUGGGGGUGACCGAGUGUUGCAUGCUGGCCGUGACGGUGCUGCUGCUGCUGGCCAAUGUCAUCAUCAGCCAAGUGUGCGGCUCGCUGAUCACCCUGGUGGACGGCUUCCACACCGUCUUCAUUCUCAUGUGCAUGGUUCUCACGUUGGUCCAUAACAAAGUGGAGAACCGUCCUGGACCAGCAGCUCUGGAGCCUAACAGAGCCAUGCCGGACUCAUUGUUCUCCUCCAGGCCUUCAACCAGCAACUUACUGUCCAGCAGCUCUGCAUGGCUGGCUCCUCCUCCUGAGGUGACCAGUCACAGCAGUGCUCCACCUGUGACGCCCCCCUGUGGUCUCCUCUACCCCGACAAAAGGAUCCCGGCGGUCGGAACCUUCCUGUCCGCUCUUUUCCUUCUGUCUUUCUGUCUUGCCUCUGUCAUCGACAUCAUCAGUUUCAUCGUGGAACUGCACCCAGCCCACCACCCCCUGCUGCUGGUGGUUGUCGGUGCGCUCAGUCUCAUCCAUAAUGUGGCCGUGCUGGCGCUGAACUGGGACAAAGCCAGGGCCCCGGGUCUGAGCGAGGCUGAGGUCUACAUCGAAGUGAACCACAACGCUCUGGGCCAAGACACCAGACAAGGCAACAAAGACUCUUACAGAGUCCAAGAUCAACUUGGCCCAAUGAAUGGCUCGCUCCAUGACGGGACACUAGUCCUCGGUAAUCUCGCUGCUAUCGCCCAGGUGGACGUUGCUGAGGUCCUUGCAGACACCGAGGUCCAGGCGGACGUUGCUGAGGUCCAGGCGAACACUGAAGUCCAGGCGGACACUGAGGUCCAGGCGGACACUGAGGUCCAGGCGGACACUGAGCAGAAGAACCAGUGUGGGCAAGCUCAACAACAGGAAGUGAAUCAAGCACACGCCUGUAACGGUGUGAAUCAGAUGAACGAUGCCACUCCAACAUCUCAAGCUGCUUCCUGCCAAGAGACCCAAACGUCCCGCAGAAGCAGCACCCGGGAGAAGGCCUCCCCCCCUGCCCUCAUGCUGGUGCUUCAGGGUCUGCUGACCUCUCUUCUGGCUCUGACCAACGGCCUGGUGAUGCUGCUGGUGGACCAUCACUGCCACCACAGCUCCUGCAGCCUCCUGGCUUACUUGGACCCGGGCGUGUCCUUCCUGGCCGUGGUCACGCUCCUAGUCAGCGUCAAACCUCAGCUGCACAGGUACGGGCUGCUGCUGCUGCAGGCUUCACCUCCCAACAUCUGCACGGCAGAGCUCGAACAGCAAAUCGCCAACGUCGAUGGAGUGCAGGCGGUGCACGACCUCCACGUCUGGGAGUUGGCCGACUCUUUGACGGUGGCAUCCGUUCAUGUCAAAUGCCACGAGUGGUUCCAGGCCCACAGAUGUAGCGACCUGCUCUCAGAAGUGACCAAAGUGCUGAGGAGCGCUGGAGUGACCUGCUGCACCGUCCAGCCAGAGCUCGUUGUUUCCUCAGCAGCUGUGAGGGACACUGCCACGUCUGCGCUCCACCAAGAGGAGAGCCCAGCAUCAGCCUGCUGCCUGGGCUGCCAACCAAGCUGCUCUGAAGAUGUGGAACCCUGACAGUGGUUCAGUGGUGCGGCUGCAGGAAGGUCGUCGGUGAUGCAGAGAAAUGCUGCUUGGAAUGUAUUAAGACUGUAAGCUGCUGCACACCUGGAGUUUAAUGCCAAAGGUAGAGGUGGUUGUGUUACUGGAGCCUGAUAUUAAACC